UCUCAUUCUCCGCAUCUGUGAUGUGUGACAGCUAUCCGGCGCCGAGAACCAAGUAGAAGACUCGACCUAGCAAGCCAUGGCGGCCACGGGUGGAGGGAAAAUUAGAAGCAGAAGAUAUCACAUCGCCUCUAAACCUUACGCCAAAAGCAAACAGCAACAGCAGCCAGGCCUCAUCAGUCGAGUCACAGACACAGUGAAGAGCAUCGUUCCUUCCUGGUUGCAGAAAUACUUCAGGAAUGGGGAGGCUGCGGAGGGGGGAGGGGCCGUGCCAGGGGCGGGGCAGGACCAGGAACAGGCUCCUCCCUCUAACGGCAAUGAGGAUAUGGCCCCUCCUCUCGAUGGUCGGGACUCCCCGGAGCCCACCACCAGUAACACAGAGCCCUCAACGAGCAGGGCGUCCCUCAACCUCCACGACCACGUCCUGUCCCGGCCUCCCCUCAACCGCUCCCACCUCCACUUCCCCUCCCUGGACUCUCCCUCGGGGCAUGGAGCUCCCGGGGGCUCGGCCCUCUUCUCCCAGCCCUCCACCUCCUUCGCCCCGCCUCCCUUCCACGCCUCCUCCAGCUACUCCCUGGUGAAGGAGAUCAAGGACUCCAGCUCGCAGCACGAGGACGACAACAUCUCCACCACCAGCGGCUUCUCCUCCCGCGCAUCAGAUAAAGAUGUCCCGGCCUCCAAGACAGCUUCCCUCCCCCAGCUGUGGUCCCCGGAGACGGACAGGACCCACUCCGGGCCCCACCCGGCCCAGUCAAGCCUGAAGAAGCCUGCCUUCAACCUGUCUGUGUUCGGAGCCUCCUCCACUUCUACGAUGAACAGCUCUGUGCUGAGCUCCAGCCAGCUGGGAGACUCCCCGUUCUAUCCAGGCAAAACCACGUACGGAGGGGCGGCGGCGGCCAGGACGGGGCGCUCACGCCUGGGGACGCCGUACCAGGCCCCGGUGAGGAGGCAGAUGAAGGCCAAGCCGGCAGGAGCCCAGCCGUGCGGGGUGAACAGCGCCACGGCUCGACGGAUCCUGCAGUCCCUGGAGCGCAUGUCCAGCCCUCUGGCUGAUGCUAAGCGGAUCCCUUCCAUGGCCACCUGUCCUCUGAACACAUCUCUGGACGGCACCAUCCUGGAGCGAUCUCAUGUGCUGACCAAGAAGAGGAGGCUGGACUCUCCGCGCCCCCCUGUUCAGAAGCUGGUCAUCCCCUCUGCCGCCUCGUAUUCAGCUAACCGAUCCAUGUCCUUCAGGCCCUCGCUGACCCCGAGGGGCCUGGCACGACCCCUGACCCCAAGAGACACGCCCUCAAGACAAUCACCUCAGAUACCAGAAACCGUUGCAGGUCCCUCUCAAAGCACAAGCAGCCUGCUCUACCCCCUGUCCAGCGCCCCCCUGUCCAGCGCCCCCCUGUCCAGCGCCCCCCUGUCCAGCGCCCCCCUGUCCAGCGCCCCCUUGUCCAGCGCCCCCCUGUCCAACGCCCCCUUGUCCAGCACCCCUGUAGCCAGCGCCCCAGGCUCUGGCGGGGGCAAGAUGAAGAGGGAGAGGACCAGCACUCGACCCUCCUCCAAGCGCCCCGAUGACGAGACUGCUGAUGUACCUGACCUACCAGCCAUCUCUCUACCAAUCAGCACUUCUAGUCUUCCCACCUUCAGCUUCUCCUCCCUUCCCCCCGCCACAACCACAGCCGCGCCCAUGACUCCUGUGGCUGCCGAAUUGGUCAACAACAAGGAUCUUCCUGCCGCUUGCUCGCCCCCCUGCGCCCCGUUCACCUUCUCCUCGCCCAUCGUCAUGGCGACCGCCGCCAGCCCCACGUCCUUCUCGCCCUCCGCCGGAUUCACCUUCAGCGCACCUGUAGCCAAAACCGCUCCCUCCGUGUCCAACGGCAACAUGGACGGUCACGCAACUUCUGUCCGUCUGUCGGAGAUGGAAACGGUCAACUACACGAUUCUUGAUGUUACAGAGCAGGCAGAGGAGUUCGAGGGUCCCUUCAAACCAGCCAAGGCCCUGAAGCAGGGCAGCGUGCUGGAUCUGCUCAAAUCUCCUGGUUUCUCCUCUCCGGUGGCAAGGCUGUCCCCCAGCCCAGAGCCCAGUGUCCCGUCCCCCCCUGCUGUGUCCACAGCCCCCUCCAGCUCCGGGUUCGGGGACAUGUUCAAGCCACCGGCAGGCUCCUGGAACUGCAGUGUGUGCAUGGUGCAGAACAAACCCAGCGACACCAAAUGUGUGGCCUGUCAAUCACCACAGCCCAGCACAUCCUCCUCUAAAACAACACCUGCCUCAGGGCUGCAGAGUACUACAGCUCCCGUGGGCUUUAAGGGCCUCUUCACAACUCCUGCCGGGACCUGGGACUGCGACACGUGUCUGGUGCAGAACAAGCCCGAUGUGGUCAAAUGUGUGGCCUGCGAGACCGCCAAGCCUGGGGCUGGACUUAAACCCUCCCCGACUCUCCCUGCUUUCUCUGGGGCCAAGGCUCUGAGCAACACCUCCUCCACCUCGUCAGGGUUCGCCGGAUUCGGGGACAAGUUCAAAAAGCCGGAGGGGGCGUGGGAAUGUGGUACCUGUAUGGUUCAGAACAAGGCGCAAGACAGCAAGUGUGUGGCCUGCAUGAGUGCUAAACCAGGAGCAUCAUCGUCCCCUCCCCCCCCCUCCGCUGCAGCCCCCCUGCUGAGCUUUGGGGACAAGUUUAAGAAGCCAGAAGGGAGCUGGGAGUGCCAUGUAUGCAUGGUGCAGAACAAGGCUGCUGACCUCCAGUGUGUGGCCUGCCAGUCAGCCAAGCCUGGGGCCACGGUGGAGGCCAAAGCCUUCGGUUCGUCCUCUUUCGGCGUGUCGUCUGAUUCUGGCUCUGGAGGGUUCAAGUUUGGCACCUCGUCAGAGUCUACCUCUGGUGCCGGCUUCCAGUUUGGCGGCAGCCUCACAGACUCCUCGUCCAGCAACGCCUCAGCCGGAGGAUUCAAGUUUGGGGCUUCGUCCUCCGAGUCCUCUUCCUCUGGAGGGUUUAAGUUUGGAGGCACCUUGUCAGAUAUGUCUGCCAACAACGGAGGAUUCAAAUUCGGCGCGGGCUCCUCCGCGGCUGCCGCCAGCGACGACACACAGGCGGACCCUCCCAGCACAGGCGGGUUCACGUUUGGGGCCAGCGGGGGGUCGGCGUCGGGUAACUGCAGCUCCGGCAACGAGGAGAACAGAAAGCCCUCGGUGGGAGGCUUCUCGUUCGGACUCUCGAAACCAGAGUCCACGUUCGGCUUCCCCGCAGCCUCCCAGGACAGGAAGGAGAACGGGUCGCCGUCCGCAGACAGCACGUCCACCGAGGCGGCUCCGCUGUUCGGGAGUCGAGCAACGGCUGAGCCCAGCCUGACCUCCACACCACUGGGGGGUGCCGCCUUUGGAGUGCCAACGUCCGCCGAGAAUGAUCUCCCUGCUCCCUCUUUCACGUUCGGGAAGCCCGAUGAGAAGGAGCCGUUUGGUUUUAGCGGGAAGGAGGCAGAGAGCUCUCAAGCGACAUCUAUGGGCUUCUCCUUCAGUAAAGCGGACACUCCCCAGGAGCCGGCCCAGCCCAGCUUCACCUUUGGGAAGCCGGAGGAUAAGAGUGAGGCCGUCGUGGACGGGCCAAAGCCUGCCUUCAGCUUUGGUCAGAGCACUACAGAUGCUGUUGCCUCAAACCCCAAACCGGUGUUUGGUUUCAUAGCCAGCACCUCCGCCCCCUCAUCCACAACCCCGGCCCCUAGCCUCUUUGGGGCCUCCAUCACCUCUGCUCCCUCAUCCACCACCCCAGCCCCUAGCCUCUUUGGGGGUUCCAUAACCUCCUCUUCCUCCACCUCGGCCCCUAGCCUUUUUGGGGCCCCAAUCACCUCCGCCCCUGCCCCCUCAUCCACCACCCCGGCCCCAGGUAUUUUUGGGGCCUCCAUCACCUCCGCCCUGGCCCCUUCAUCCACCACCCCGGCCGCUAGCCUUUUUGGGGUCCCCAUAACCUCCGCCCCGUCCUCCUCCACCCCAGCCCCUAACCUCUUUGGGGCCCCCAUCAACUCUGCCGCAGCCACCAGCUCCUUCCUCUUUGGCCAGACCGCAACCAGCGAAGCCCCCCCAGCCUUCAUGUUUGGGCAAAGCCAGGAUAGCCAGGGCUCUCAGGUAGCCCUCCCCUCCCUGAACGCAGCCCCCGCUCAGCCCUUCCUGUUUGGGUCUGCAGCCGGUGCCCCCCCGGCUGCUCCCCCCUCCUUCACCUUCGGGGCCGCAGCGCCCCCUGCUGCCUCAACCCCAGCAGCCGUCCCCUCGUCAGGCCCAUCCCCCUUUGUCUUCAGCCCUGCCCCCUCUGCUGGGUUUGGCAGCACCCAGAGCCCCGCCUUCGGCCAGGUGUCGUCUCAGCCCACCGCCCCGGCCUUCGGGGCCCCCGCCCCCUCCCCCUUCCUGGGGGCCACCUCCUCCCAGUCCCCCGCCUUUGGUGCUGCCUCCGUGUUCGGAUCAGCAGCCAGCUCUGCUCCAGGAGGGGGGUUCCAGUUCGGUGGAGCCAGUGCCUUCGGCUCUGCCAGCGGCAGCACGGGGGUGUUCGCUUUCGGGGGAGGACCAGGGGGGUCACCCGCCCCCCCUUCUACUCCCUCCCUUGUGCCCCAGCCCGCAGCCCCAGGAGGGGGGUUCACCUUUGCACAGCCCCCUGCCUUCAACAUUGGGUCAACCAAGAACAGCUUCACCCCGACCCCUGCGGGCCAGAACGCCAUCGCUGGACGCAAGAUCAAAACAGCUGUCCGACGCAGGAAGUAGAAAGCCCCUCUAGGCUGAGACGUUGUGGACGGGACUCCUGGAAGCCGGCCUGGACGCCGUUCCCACAGACACACUGAAGUACUUAGCAUGUGAAGGGUUCUGGGGUGACCCCUCUGUUUCUAAAGGCUGGAUGGGGGUCUCCGUCUGCAGACCCAGAGCAUCAGGACAUGGGUGCGUGGGUGACGACCCGUACCAACCUGUAAACUAGAAGAGACAACAUUAACAACCACCACCAUGACACAAUCAAUAACUCCUCCCACUCCAACAACCGGAUAUAUUUUCAACAGCCACAAACGUCUGCUAUAACUUAGGCAUGACUUUUUGUUUAAAAAGAAA